CUUCAUUACAAUGUCCUGCUAUUAUUUCAAGUAAUUUUGCYUGUGUUGCUUCUUUCCCAAGGCACAAAUCCACUUGGCUGUGCUUCAAAUCUUCUGCCACAGCAGAAUGUUUAAAAAACUCACCAAAUUUCUUGUAAGUCAAAUGGAUCCAAGCAAAGACCUGGUCCCUGUUGAGAGCAUCGCAAACAAUGAGCACUUCAGGCCUCUCUAUCUACUGAAAAGAAAAAGCAAACCAAAAACCAUAUUCCACCCAGCUCCCUACUACCAGCGGACRGGGUUCACACUGUAUGAUGUGCUGCUGCCUGGAGAAGAGAGCAACAGCAUAGAGUCUCUCCAUCAAGACUUCAACCAAUUUACCCUCUCAAAAGUCAGCGCUGACCAAGCUGAUGGGAGUCUCAGCAUAUCUUCUGACCCUGCAAGUGUGGCACUGAAAGGAGGUGGCUCCUUGUCCAAGGUGUUUUCCAUCACGCCACAGAAGAAGGACAUAUCACUGGAAUCACUGGAGGCACUGAGAAAAGAAAGACAAAUCAACAUGGAUCACUCCUUCAUCCGGCAAUUACAGAGAACAGACAUCAAUUUAUUUGUGGUCACUGAAAUCCUUGAAGCCUCAGAGGAGACUGUCUACACGGAAUCCACCAAGGCAGAAGGGGGCUUCCAGGCCAAAUUUUACGCCACGCUCUGUGCACAGAGAACCAGGGAGGACAAACAAAGCAUAGUAAUACCCAAGGGCUGCACCCUGGCCUUCAGGACCAUCAAACUACACAUUAGAGGUGGAGCAUGGGCCCGUCCUCACAGGACCUCGCGCUUCGCCUCAGCGAAGGUUCGCCCUCGCUUGCGCCCCCAAAAGGCGGGAACAGCUCAGCGCCGGACGGAAACACCCGAAAGAGCUACGGAGAUUCCCGAGCGAGCGWGGCGGAAGAAGCCGAUCUAUGCCGGAACGCUCCGAGAGAGCUCGGCCAAAACUCCCGACGACGAGGCGAAGAUCUACGAGCGAAGACGGAAAUAA